ACGUUCCGAAUCGAUAGCGGGUGUGCUCGUGACGUCACGGGGACGGUGACCGCCCCCCUCCUCUCCCUCUCUCCCGUGAUGCUUCGCGCGCCCCUCGGCCUCUCUUUCCGCCAUCGCUGAGGCGCGCCCCCUGCAGGCAACAUGGUGCGCAUGAACGUUCUGGCCGAUGCGCUCAAGAGCAUCAACAAUGCCGAGAAGCGUGGCAAGCGGCAGGUGCUCAUCCGGCCCUGCUCCAAAGUCAUCGUCAAGUUCCUCACCGUCAUGAUGAAGCACGGUUACAUUGGAGAAUUUGAGAUCAUCGACGAUCACAGAGCAGGGAAAAUUGUCGUCAACCUCACCGGCAGGCUCAACAAGUGUGGAGUCAUCAGCCCCAGGUUCGAUGUGCAGAUCAAGGACCUGGAGAAGUGGCAAAACAACCUCCUGCCCUCCAGACAGUUUGGCUACAUUGUGCUGACCACGUCUGCUGGCAUCAUGGAUCAUGAAGAGGCAAGGCGCAAACACACAGGAGGCAAAAUCCUGGGCUUCUUCUUCUGAGCCGUCCGUGCACUGUGUGGAACAGAAUAAACGUCACCAUUUACAACUCUC